UACUCUUUGCUACGGACUUUUAUUAUUUAACUUUAGCAGCGGCUGGACAUACCAUGCCUCAGAGAAAAAUAUGAAUUACAUCGAAGCAGAGAAAUGGUGUAAAACCCAUUUUACAAAUCUGGUUGCUAUUCAGAAUAAAGAGGAAAUUCACUACUUAAAUGCAACAUUUCCUAGAAAUUCAAAUUAUUACUGGAUUGGUAUCCGAAAAAUUGAGAAUGAAUGGAGAUGGGUAGGAACAAACAAGCAACUGACCGAAGAAGCUAAAAACUGGGCUGAAGGUGAACCAAACAAUGGAAAAAACAAUGAGGACUGUGUCGAGAUCUAUAUAAAACGAACAAAAGAUUCAGGAAAGUGGAAUGAUGAACCAUGUUAUAAAACUAAAAGAGCUUUGUGCUAUACUGCCUCUUGUACCCCAAAUUCCUGCAGUGGUUGUGGAGAAUGUAUGGAGACAAUUAACAAUUACACCUGCCAGUGCAACAAAGGGUUCUAUGGACGUGACUGUGAACAUGUAAUCACUUGCAAUCAACUGGAAGACCCAGAUCAUGGUAUCUUUACAUGCAAACAUCCAAUACAGGAUUUUGGCUUUAAUUCUUCUUGUGAUGUUCAAUGCAAGGAAGGUUACAAACCGACUGAGAUGGAAUCAAUAACAUGUACGGAUUCUGGAAAAUGGUCUGCACCAUCUCCCUCCUGUAAAGCUGUGCAUUGCAGUGAACUACAGCCUCCAGCUAAUGGCUCCAUGAGCUGCUCUGGUCCUUAUGGAAAUUCUGCCUGGAAUUCAACCUGCAAGUUUGCUUGUGAAGAAGGAUUUAAACUGAAUGGAUCCAGUGAACUCCAAUGUGAUGCUUCUGGAAACUGGGAUGCAUCACAGCCAGAAUGUGAAGGAAAAUUUGUUGGCUGA